GUUAAUCUAAAGAGGGCUGUUUAAUGUGACGUCAAACACACAAAGCCAUCUAUGGUAGUGCUUUCUCAUUUCAAUCAGCCUAUAGUCAGCAGAGCGGCGGCACAAAACCACCACAAAGUGACAAAAAUGAAUGUGGAACAUGAAGUUACACUGCUCGUUGAUGAGAUUCGUCGACUGGGCAGUAAAAACGCAGAUGGGAAGACAAGCGUCAAAUUUGGAGUCUUGUUUAAUGAUGACCAGUGCGCCAACCUCUUUGAAGCUCUGGUCGGAACGCUGAAAGCGGCCAAGCGAAAGAAGAUCAUCACAUUCGAAGGCGAGCUCUUAUUGCAAGGAGUUCACGACAAUGUGGAUGUCAUUUUACUGCAGGACUGAAUUUAACAGUCUUUUGUAAACCCAAGUACAAAGUUCAAAUGCAUUUUUGACAUCUCAUUGCUACAUUUUGAUAUGGAAAUAUACUUGAGAAUGUAACAUUUUUGUAUACUGGAUUGGAAUAUUUUUAUACAGCAACCUUUUCUCUCUCAGGGGAGUGAUCUGCACAAAGUUUUUGGAAAAGUAGCAAUCUUCCCUGUUCAGACAACUCAUUAAAAUAUCAUAGCGUGCAUGAUCAUGUUACUGGUUUUCCAGGACUGAAUGAAUUCAUCAAACUUUGUUUCAGCCUAAUUUAAAAGAAUAUCCACACAGGUCAUUAUCAGUCUUACAGAUUAUACCUCUGAUGUCCUAUUCUGACUGUAUUGAUUGUAGACUGUAUAAUUGUUGUCUUUUACAGUAAUCAUGAGGUUGUUUGUUUACAGUACCAUUACUGUGAAAUUAUUAAUUUCAGGCAUGGUCACUCAUAUGUGCCAUAACAUCUCAAAAGCUGAUAAACAUAAAUAUUAAGUAACAUUUAUCUGCUGUAUGAUUUUCUGGAAUCAAAUGUUUAAAAAAAGAGUCAAGUUCAACAAAUCAUCAAAGCUGUUCCAGUGUGAUAUUCUGUGUUAUAAAGCUCUUGCAAAAACA